GUUCUCCGUGACAAUUUUCAAAUUUUGUGUAACUGAAGGGACUCUACUUGUAACUCUUGUAACUUUUUCUGUGUGACGAAAUUAUGUGAAUAAAUUCCAAUUUCUAUAAUUACCGCUAAAUAUUUUAACUUCCUCCAGCGAGGUUGAAGCUUACAAAUCAACCUCAAAGCUUUGAAUCACAGUGAUAAAUUAAUGCAGCCCUAUUACAUCAGAUGCACCUACACAUGUGUUUCGGCGAUCGGCAGUGUUAUUUUACGGUUUAAUACCCCACAAUCGAAGCGUCACCUUAUCAUGCCGAAAAAUUACAGUCAUCAUGAAGCUCUGAAAGAACAGAGAUUGGCUCGGAAGCAGAAACUACAGAAGUACAUUCCCGGCACUGUGAAAUUAUACGUUCUCGGCAGUGGUUCUAAAGGCUCACCCAAAUCUUUGUAUCUCUUUACUGGUGUUAACAGUUAUUUGUUCAAUUGUGGAGAGGGCGUUCAAAGGCUGGCCAAUGAACACAAACGGAAAUUGAGCAAACUUGAACAUGUUUUCAUCACUAGGCCUGCAUGGAGCAACAUUGGUGGACUGCCUGGUUUGGCACUCACUGUUCAGGAUGUUGGCCUUCCUAAAAUUACGCUCCAUGGGCCUGACGGAUUGGAUAUGAUAGUCCCUGCGACAAGGAGGUUCAUUGUUCUAAAUCACCUAUCUGUUGAGGUUGCAAACUGUUCGCGCUUUGGAGAAUUCGAGGAUAAUAUUCUCAAAAUAAAGUAUGUGUCCUUACCUGCUGGUGACUCAGUUUUCAAUGAAGCAGAUUUAAAAUCUUCAAAUCAGGCUGAACCUCCAAUUCUGAUGGAGGAUGAUACUGAUUACUAUGGACACGAAAGAAGCCCACAAAGUGAGAAGUCAAACUCGCACGACAAUUCCAAAAGUGAAAAUGCUUUAAAAAGAAAGGAUAUUGCACAAGCUUCUCAUCAAGAGGCAAAGAAAAUGAAAACAUCGUCAGGCAGCAUAACAAUGGCGUUUAUAUGCCAGCUAAAUCCAAAACCGGGUGUCCUGAAUGUUAAAAAAUGCGUUGAACGUAAUGUACCGGUUGGACCUUUGUUGGGUUUUCUGAAGGCAGGGAAAAAUGUCACCUUACCCAGUGGAGAAAUAGUCAAAGCGGAAGAGGUCAAAGGACCAGAUGAUCCUGGCCCAAUAAUAAUUGUUGUUGAUUGUCCCACAGUUGCCUUUGUAGACUCAUUGAUCAAUGAGAGUAGUUUUGAAAAGUAUCAGAAAAAUGGAGAUAAAGAUGACAUAGCUUACUUAGUUGCACAUUUCUCUCCGCCAGAAGUGAUGAAAGAUCCCAGGUAUGAAUCUUGGAUGAGGAAGUUUUCGCCCACCACAAAACAUCUCCUCCUCAACGAAUCAAAUCACUGUAUGGGGAGCACAGCUGUGCAUGAAGUUCAACAAAAGCUAAAUCUCUUUGAUGCAAAUGUUUUCCCUCUGCUAAAAGACACAAUGAUUCGUUUGGAUCAUUCAGAGAAUGAAGACGGUAGCAAUUCAUCAAACGGACACAUCCCGAAUCCUAGAUUGAAUGAAAACAUUGAUUCUGAAACUGUGAUAGAUGGUAGCAGUAAUGAUGAUAGUAAUACGAUCAAUGUAUCUCAUUCAGAAGGAUUGAGUGAGUUGUCAAAAGCACAAGUUAUGAACUCUGAAUCCCUCUCAAUCGUUCAAGGACGGACCCUGCUGUGUGCUGAGUUGCGCCCAACCUUAAAUGUGGAUACGGAAUUUUGUCCUGUACUCACUCCAGAAAAAUAUCUUGAGGAGGCGUUUUCCAUCGAUGGAUUUAAGGAGAAAUUAGAUGAGUUUCAUGAGAAUUUGAAAAGCUUGCCCACAGAUUCAAGAGACUACCCAAGAGUGUUAUUUUUAGGCACGGGUUCCUCUGUUCCAAAUAAAAUUAGGAAUACAAGCGGUAUAUUACUGGAAAUCAAUGCCGAAGCAUGCAUGCUGUUAGAUUGUGGAGAGGGCACCUACAGUCAGUUGGUGAGAUUCUUCGGAGAAUCGGACUCUGAUCGUAUCUUAUCAAAGCUGAAAGCUAUUUACGUCUCCCACUUGCAUGCAGAUCAUCAUCUCGGACUUAUCGGAUUAUUGCAAGCAAGAAGAAAAGCUCUUCCAAAGGAGAAUUUUUCUCCCAUCUUUCUAAUAGCUCCUCAUCAAAUCAUGAGUUGGAUGACUUUAUAUCACUAUAAUUUUGAGCCUGUUCUCAGUGAUUUCACUCUGAUACCCAAUGUGGACCUUAGCCCCACAAAUGGAUGCUCAGAAAUGAGCGAGGAGAGAAAAGCCCUCCUGGAGACAUUCGGAUUAACUCUAAUUCAAACUAUUGGAGUGAAGCAUUGUGUCCAUUCAUUUGGAGUUUCUCUGACACAUUCCUCAGGCUGGAAAAUGACUUAUUCAGGAGACACCAUGCCUUGCGAUAGUCUAGUUCAAAUAGGGAUGAACUCUGACUUGUUAAUUCAUGAGGCAACGAUGGAGGAUGAACUUUCUGGUGAGGCAUUAAUUAAAAUGCAUUCAACGACAUCUCAAGCGAUUGACAUUGGUCGGAAAAUGAAAGCAAAGUUCACCCUUCUCACCCAUUUCAGUCAGCGCUAUGCAAAAAUACCCAACUUGACUAAUCAUUAUGAAGAUGUUGGAGUAGCGUUUGACAACAUGCAGGUAAGAUUGAGUGAUUUGAAGAAACUGCCUCUGAUGAUACCAGCAUUACAGGUGCUAUUUGGCGAGUAUUUAGAAGAAAUGAAACAAAAAUCCCGGAAACGGCAGUUAAGGGAAGAAAAGAGGUAUUCAAAUUAGACAGGCCAAAUUUUUUUAAAGGAAAGUUCUUUUCCCACUGAUUCUGUUAUUAAAUUUCAAAGUGUCAAAAACUGCAAAUACUUUAUUGUUCAGCUGAAUUUUCUGUUUAAGCCAGUUUUUUUUUUCGUUGCACAUGUAACUUAAGUAUGUAAAAAUAAUAAUGUUCUAUUUUAUAUUCUA